AUGUCGUUUUUAUUUGGAGGCGGUGGCGCUACUAGUAAUCCAGUAGCGCAAUCUGAAGUCGUACAAUCUGCUACGACUGAGAUUGAAAUGAUUACAGAUUUAUUCUCAAAGCUAGUGGACAGCUGUCAUAAGAAAUGUAUAGAGAAAUCCUACAGGGAUAUCGACCUCACUAAAGCAGAAGGUGUUUGUUUGGAUAGAUGCGUAGGAAAAUAUUUCGAAACCUCAAAACUCGUUACGGAAAAGCUACAAAAGCUGCAGCAGCAACCACAAUAGAACAUUACAAUUCAUGUAAAUGUACAUUAUUACAACUAAAAGUUUACCGCUAUGAAUGAUUUUAGUAUGAGUAAGAAUAGACUCACUCUCUAUCCUUACAUUUACC